AAACGCUACGUGAGAAGCAUCCCUGCGAUACCAACAUGGCCUUCGCUUCGAGACUUCCUCCCCUGCCUGCUCGCGACUUCGCCGUACGACGAGCCAUUGAGAACAAACCUGGUAUACACCUUAUAUUCGACACUCCCCUCCGGGUUUCCGGGGGAAUAUUUCCGAGAUCCGUAUUCGAUGGGCUCUCAGUAAGAUUCCUCGGCUAUUCUGAAAAAUCUCCAGUCAGGUUUAGAGUGGUCGUCAAAAGAUACGAGGCGGCAUUUCCCUAUGUGGAACUCGGGUACUUCAAUGACGACUCAAGUUAUGGCGAUCAUAUCGUUUUCAAGACUCAAAUGAAGAAAGUUGGAGAUCCAAAUUACCAGAAGAGGACUAUGUCGGGGUAUACCAUACCCGGAAUUAAUGAGUACGUUUGGGUGGGGUAUAACUUCACCGGGACUAAGAAGACCCAGUUCUACUACAAUGAGCACCUUCUCGGAGAGCAUGAAGAAAUUGAAUUUUCUCAGUAUGAAGGUUUCGUCAUAUGGUCAGGUAUAGAAUACAACAACCUGACCAUGUUGGAGAUCCACAUAACAUACGACGACACAGCGACUUCGUCUAUCUUCCAUUUGCGGUUCAUCGUCACCUAUGCGUCGCCGGUCGCCUUCUCCAUACCCAGGUCGUUCGCCGACAACACGCUGAGUUCGUGUCCUUUCGCCGCCUCGCGCGGGAAACCAAUAAUCGCAGUCCGGAGAGGCGGACUGCGAAUGCGGCAUCAAUGGAAGCUCCUCCGUGCGCCCCCUCACAACGUUAUCGCUUCUUCCAUUGAUGGCUGUUCUGUAGAUGCCUUGGUCGAUACUGGUGCCGCAACAUCUGUCAUGGCCAUGGACUUGUGUACUCGGUUGCGAAAAGUGAAGACUCCCAACGGGUGA